AUGCAAAACAAAACCCUCAUCUUCAAGAACGUCCCCACCCGCCUGCCGGUCCCAGGCCAGGACCUCGUCGUCGAGGAUCUCGGCUUCGACCCCUCGGCGGCGCCACCGCCCGGCGGCGUGACCCUCGAGGUGCUGUACGCCUCCUUCGACCCGUACCAGCGUGGGCGCAUGCGCCCAGCGCACAUCAAGUCGUACAGCCCCGCGUACGAGCUGGGCAAGCCGAUCGCGAGCGGCGCGGUCGGGCGCGUGCUCAAGUCGGACGCCGACGCCUACAAGCCCGGCGACCUGGUGGUCGGCCUCCUGCCCACGGGCGAAUACGCCACGCUCGCCAAGGACCGCCUCGCCGCCAUCCAGGCCAAGGUCCACAACCCGCACGGCCUCAAGGAGCUGGGCCUGUUCCUCGGCCCUCUGGGAAUGCCCGGCCUGACGGGGUGGAGCUCGCUGCAUGAGAUUGGCCAGCCGAAGGAGGGGGAGACCAUCUUCAUCAGCAGCGCGGCGGGCGCGGUUGGGCAGGUUGUGGGUCAGAUCGCGAAGCGGGAAGGGUUGAAAGUUAUUGGAAGCGUGGGGAGCGAUGAUAAGUUGGAGUUUAUCAUCAAGGAAUUGGGGUUUGAUGGGGGGUUCAACUACAAGAAGGAGAAGGCCGCGGAUGCCUUGAAGAGGUUGGCCCCUGAGGGGCUGGAUAUCUACUACGAAAACGUCGGCGGAGAGCAAUUGGAGGCGGCGUUGGACGCGAUGAAUGAUUUUGGGCGGAUCGUCGCAUGCGGAAUGAUUUCGCAAUACAACGUCCCCGCGGAGGAACGCUAUGGUGUCAAGAACCUCUUCCUGGUUGUCAGCAAGCGCUUGACCAUGCGGGGCUUUAUCGUCGGCGACAAGGGCUUCGCCGACAAGUACGGCAAGGAACAUCAGGAGAAGAUGCAGCAGUGGCUGGCCGAAGGGAGCGUCAAGGCAAAGCUGCACGUUGUCGAGGGUAUUGACAACGCUGCGGAGGGGCUGGUCAGUAUCUUUGAGGGUAAGAACUUUGGCAAGGCGGUACUUAAGAUCAAGGACGAGUAA